GUCUUCCUUUGUCCUGAGAGACGACUUCAAUCUUUAACUGCUCCUCUUGUUCCUUUUUCUUUCAGGAAGAAAGGGCACAGAAGCUAUGGAAUCUCCUAUGAGAUUCAAUCUCCGAACAGCAUUCUCCAUCAUCUUCCUCACCUUUCUUCCUCUGAAUCUCAAAAGCCAAGAAGUCUUUGAUCCUUCUCAAGAUCACUCACUGAUCCAAUCCGAAGCUUCUUGGAACCGUCGCAGCUUGGUAGAGACACCACCUCUUCCGGGCAAAGGUCCUGCUGUGGGUGCCUCCCCUCCAUCUCCUGAUCAAGCAUUUGAAGGCUCCACAAAACCACCUCCAGCACCAGAAACUCAAACACCACCAGGAGGAGAUGGAACCCCAAGCCCUCCUCCUAGUAGUGUCAGGACAGCACAAACCCCAAACCCACCUUCUGAACCUCCUCCACAACUUUUGUCUCCACCUCCAAGAACUAAAAAGACUCAUAAUAUUUCUAUGAUCGUGGGCAUAGUCGUUGGCGUGUUCACAGUCUCAGUGGCAUUAAUCAUCUUCUUUCUUAUCCACACCCGAAAAAUUCCAAUCAAGCCUUGGACCAACAGUGGCCAGCUUCAAAAUCCUCUUAUCACAGAUGUUCCGAGGAUGCAGCUAUCAGAGCUACAAGCAGCAUGUGAAGACUUCAGCAACAUCAUUGGCUCUUUCUCAGACGGUACCAUCUAUAAAGGGACUUUAUCCACUGGUGCUGAAAUUGCUGUUGUCUCCAUCGCGGCUGGCUCUCGUGCAAACUGGUCUACCGAUAUGGAAACACAGCUGCUACAAAAGAUUCGUAAGUUAUCAAAAGUAGAUCACAAGAAUUUUCUGAAUGUGAUUGGGUACUGCCAUGAGAACGAGCCCUUCCACAGAAUGCUUGUUUUCGAAUACGCUCCUAAUGGAACCCUCUCAGAGCAUCUUCACUCUCAACAUACGGAGCACUUGGACUGGCCUACAAGACUCAGAAUCUUCAUGGGAAUAGCUUACUGUCUAGAGCACAUGCACAACCUCAACCCACCCAUCUUGCACACCAAUCUGGACUCCUCUUGUAUCUACUUAACCGAAGACAACGCCGCCAAAGUCUCAGACUUUUCAGUCCUCAACUUCAUCUCACCCUCCAAGGAAUCCUCCUCGAGCAAGAACCUUUUAGAACACUCAACGCUUGACCCACAAACCAACGUCUUAAACUUUGGCGCCCUUGUGUUUGAAAUCAUCACCGGGAGGCUCCCAGACCCUGAUUCUUUGUUUCUUGAACCCAAGCCCGCGAGAGAUCUUGUAGACCCGACGCUGAAAACGUUUCAGGAGGAUGUUGCUGAGAGGUUGUUGGGAGUGGUUAGGCAGUGUAUGAAUCCAUACUCAGCUCAACGGCCAACGAUGAGAAAGGUUGUGGUGAAGUUGAGAGAGAUCAUUGGAAUAGAAGCCGAUGCAGCACUGCCAAGGCUAUCUCCACGGUGGUGGAGUGAGAUGGAGAUCAUAACCACAGAUGGAAACUAAAGAGAAAGGAGCCUGCCGUUUAGGUGUGCCCUCUAGAUACCCAAAUGUCACUGUGAAAAGAUAAUAUUUUCGUCUGCAUCAAAAGACUAAAUACUGUAUAUAUAUAUAUAGACACGAAAAAUUGCAUAUGCAUAGAAACAUAUGGUAUGAUCAAUAAUGGCAGUUACUUUACACUA